UGCGCUGGGGUGUGUGUGUCUGAGCGGCUUUUACCAUGUGAAAAGAAGAAUCUAACGGAGUAACGUGAAGGUUUACACCAAGAAACUACAGAGUAAAGUUUUUACCGAGGACGAGAGUCGUUGGAAGAAGAGAAGUUGGCGAAUUCGCUCCAGAGGCCUGAGUGCCAUGCCAGAGGGGUCCCAUUCUGCUCUCCACCAGGGCCCAAUGGGGGAAGAAUCUCUUCAGUUGUCCUCGCCCCUCUUCACCAGUGAACAUGACCAGGCAAACAUUGACUUGGGCCCAGACUGUUACAGCCAGCUAUGUGUGGAGCCACUGGACGGAGAGGGUGAACGUCCAGUGAGCCUGGUGUCCACCCUGUCCUCUGGCUCAUCCCGCGAUAGUCGCAGCCUUUUUGGAAGCACCAUUGCUCUUCCUUCCUCUACCACCCCACCUAUACCGUGCGAGGAGGACAUAGACUUGGAGCUGAGCCCAGCUGAAGGUACCGGAGAGCAGGCUGGAGACCAGAGUCCCACCCUCACAAGCUCCAGGGUCCACUGGCAGGAACGGCUGGAGCCCAGGGUGAUCGGCAACCAGUGGAACAAUAACAACGCCGCCUCCAACAGGAAGGGAAGUGCUCAAAUACGUCACAUCCCUGCAUUGCCUGUCGUCACAGACACCAUGGCACCUAACCCAAAGUUGACCUAUGUGGACCGUGUUGUCAUGGAGAUCAUUGAGACAGAGCGCAUGUAUGUCAAGGACCUGCGCAGCAUUGUGGAGGACUAUUUGGCUCACAUCAUCGAUAUGAGCAACCUUCCCAUACGGCCAGAACAAGUGUGUGCCCUGUUUGGAAACAUAGAGGACAUCUAUGAGUUCAACAGUGAACUGUUGCAGUCUUUGGACAUGUGUGAGAACGACCCUGUGGCCAUUGCUAGGUGCUUUGUAGACAAGAGUGAAUACUUUGAAAUCUACACUCAGUAUUGCACCAAUUAUCCCAACUCAGUGGCAGCCCUGACCGACUGCAUGAGGAGUAAAACUUUAGCCAAGUUCUUCAGGGAUCGACAGGCUGCUCUGAAGCGCUCCCUCCCUUUAGGCUCCUACUUGCUUAAGCCAGUUCAGAGGAUCCUGAAAUAUCACCUGCUGCUGCAGGAAAUUGCAAAGCACUUUGACCCAGACGAGGAGGGCUAUGAGGUAGUUCAAGAAGCCAUAGACACCAUGACAGGAGUGGCCUGGUACAUCAACGAUAUGAAGAGGAAACACGAACAUGCUGUUAGAGUGCAGGAGAUACAGUCUCUUCUGAUCAACUGGAAGGGUCCUGACCUGACCACCUAUGGAGAGCUGGUGCUGGAGGGCACCUUUCAUGUCCUGAGGGCAAAGAACACCCGUACACUCUUCCUCUUCGAAAAGAUGCUCCUCAUUACCAAGAAAAGAGGGGAACACUAUGUCUACAAGAUCCACAUCUUGUGCUCUACCCUUAUGCUACUUGACAGUGCCAAGGAUCCCCUGCUCUUCAGUGUCAUCCAUUUCAAGCAUCCCAAGCAACCCCAUACAGUGCAGGCCAAGUCAGUAGAAGAGAAGCGUCUCUGGGCCCAUCACAUUAAGAGGCUCAUUCUUGAGAACCACAACACCAUCGUCCCCCAGAAGGCAAAAGAAGCCAUCGUGGACAAUUCAAACUAUCCAGGGAAGUACCACUAUAGUCCUGAGAGACUGAAGAAAGAGUCCUGCCAGAUGGACGACUUCCAUCUUGGAGGACGAAAGGGGAGAAGGAGAUCGGAGCCUGCAAAACAAAUCAUAAGGAGCACAAAAGCUGUUUUGAAGGAUGAUCAGAACACAGAUACAGCGGCUGAAGUGAAAACUACACUAAGUGAGGAGGCAGAAACUCACAGGCAAGAGGAACAAUAUGUGGCUGUGGCUGUGAAAGAAGCUCUCACUACACAGGUCAAUGUGGAGGAGCUGUGCCCUCUAGACUGUGUCUCUCAAGCAAAGAAAAGCGAUCAGCUGGAGUUGCAUUACUCCCAAUGUCCUGAGUCUCCUGUCUCCCCUGCCCAACAAGACGCUGACACCCUAGAACCUCAGGAUACUUCUAAAGAAACUGGAGAGGAAGAAGAAGCAGGGAGUGAUUCCUCCGGUCUCCAAGUGGAGGAGACGAGUGUGUUGACGAAUGGAGAGCUCUCAGAGGAGGAAGAGGAUGUGUUGGAGCAUAAAAGCAUCCUACCUUCGUCUGUGUUGGACCAGGCCAGUGUGAUAGCUGAGCGCUUCAUCAGCAGCUUGUCCAGACGGAGCAGUCUGGUUUCAGAGGACCUGGGUUCCCUCGCCUGCCCCUCACCUUCAACAGAUAACGACCUCUUCAAAAGCCCCUCGGCCUGCAUGGACUUGGAGAAACAGACACAAAUGUUGGCCAGCUCUACCCCAGAGCCUCAGGAGACCUCAGAGGCCAAUCUGUCAACACCUGCACACGAACCUGCGCUGGACGCUCUCAUCGAAGGAGAACGCAGGUCCACUCUCUCCAAACAAGAUCGCCUCCUCAUCCACAAGAUCAGGAGAUACUACGAGCAUGCUGAGCACCAGGAUGCUAACUUCAGCAUUAAGCGCAGGGAAAGUCUCUCCUAUAUCCCAGCAGGUCUGGUCAGGUACCUGAGCAGACAGCUGAACAGUGUCCCUCAGGAGCAGGCGGCCCCAGUCCACAGGAAAGGCCUCUCUCGGAACCGCCCCACUUCCUGGUCUGUGUUUGACCUUCCUGGAUUAGAAAAGAGUCGAAACACUGAAACUCGUCAGAAAAGUGAACCGCAGAGAGCAAAGGAAGCCAAGACCAGAUCUCAGAGCUUUUCUGAAGCCUUGACCACAGAAGAAGAAUUCAGACCUUCAUCAGACAUGCUCAAGGUUUGGCAAGACAUGGAGAUGGAGGAGGAGAGCCAGGAAGUCCAGGAGAUUGAAGAGGAGGAAGUUGAUGACUCAAGAUUAGAGGCAACACAGGGCAACGGCUUAGAUGUUAAAACCAGCAAACAAUCACCUCAGAUUUUAGAGGAGUCUGAAAUAAGCACUGCCUCAGAUAGCUCCUCCAUCUCAUCACCCAACACAUCCUCUCCAGCAGUAGAGGGAGGAUCUGGAGAGGACCCUGAGCCAAGUAAUGCCACUAUGUCACAAGAGAAGAACCAUGUCAACCACGACCAGCUACCUAAGCUCAUUAGCCUCCGAACGAGUGUGGACGAGGACCAGAUCCUGCAAGACAUGGGAAAGAUGAAAAAUAAGGUGUUCCAGCUGGCUCGUCAGUACAGCCAGCGCAUCAAAAAUAACAGACCUAUUGUCUGGCAGAGGAACCGAGAAACUGCAAAUCAACAGGGCUCCAAGAACCUGCCUGCUGUCCAUGAGGAGAGGAUGCAGCUGAGGAAAAAGGGUAAACCCAGCGUGAGAUUGCCCUUAAUCGCUUGUGAUGAGAUGGUCAUCCAUGAAGUGCGUUCUCCAAGCCCAGUCCGGACCCCCAGCUCUGGUGCCAGCUCCCAGAGCACAGUCACUUGCCCACAAAGCCCACAGUCAGAGACCUUCUACUGGCCCGACAUGCAGGAGCUGCGCUCCAAAUACAUAGGGCCCUCCCACUUCUCCAAAGUAACCCGGAGCUGCACAACCGGGAUGUUAGAGUGCUGUGCGAACAUGUAUAAUGGCUGCUCACACAAGUGCAAUAGCUCCUUAGACCUUCACAAAGCUCUGACAGACUGUCCUAGGACACAGUCUGCAGUAGAGGACUGGUCCCAGCCCCAGCCCCGGUUUCAGCCCCUGCUGUGCAGAUGGAGCUCCUUGGACCACAUGCUCGGGUCUCUUCCCCUCAAUGAAGUACAGAACCUUCAGGAACCUGUGAGGACCUGCUACACAGCGGGCAAACUCCACGAUGGGGACAUCCUCUCCCAGGAUGAUCUAGACUGUGCAGCAAAUUCUGCUGUCGGGAGUUCAGGGAAGACGUCUGAAAGUAAUCUAGUGAAAAGCUUACGGGAGAAGUUCCAGAGCUUAAGCACGAGCUCGUAAAACAUGUGAAUUAUGUACAUUUCUAUUAUCAGGAACUAUCAUGUGGAAACAUUAUCUGCCAAUUAUCUGAUGCUUCUCAACGUCCCUUUUUCCUCUUUUCUCCUCUAAAAGAAUGCAAAUUAUUGUCUGCACAAUGUUUUUAAUACGGGGGACAUUUGGUGAUUAUUUGUUUUGUUACUACAAGUUUAACAUGAAAGGGAUAUUAUUGGUUAUUGAUUAGGGUAAUGAGGGGAAAGCAUAUUGUCUUUAAAAAGGUGUGUUGCAUUAUUUGUACAUUGGGUAUUUGUCUGCACUGUACAAUACAAAGUUUAUGUAAAAUGUGUAUAUAGUCCCUUGUAUCAAUAGGUCCUACUUUAUUAUUACAUGCAUCUAUUUGGGUCCCACCCACUGUUGAGGUUCUUGCUAUAAUCACUAUAGCACUGCUUUAACCAUGUUAACUGUCAACUGUAUUUCCAGGGAGCAAAAAGGAGCUAAGCAAACCCACACUGAUCUUUUAUCCACAUGAAUACUGCCGUCUCAUUGACGAGGGAGCUCUGCUGUCAGCAGAGUCUCUGACCGAACACCAAAGAGAGUUUCCUUUUAACAUUUGUCGACUUUUAUUGCAUGUGGUCACAGCAGUAACUUGCUUCCACGUUUACUGUAGCUGCUUCUAAAACUGUUUUCACAUAUUGUAUCACAGGAGCUUUAUUUUUCUCAACAUGUUGUUUAUUUUCUUGAAUAUUAUUUAUGAAACUGUACAUUUGGGAGAGAUUUGCCUCAUGUAAAUACUGAACAGUAGCAACCCUUUUUACUUCUCAGUUCCAGAAAAUAUAUUGUUUCAUACUUGAAGUUUCCCAUAUUUUCAAUAAAAACAGAAAUGGUAA